AUGCAAAGAAAAAGUUCUAAUUUGUUCCAUGUUGUUGUUGGCAGGAUUGGAAAACCAUUGCCAAUACUUGCUGAAAAUUCAUAUGAUCGUUCAAUUACUUUACUUUCGAAUAAUGCGUAUAACAUUCGAACAGAGUUUCAGAAAAUAGAUUACAAUCCAUACGUUGUAAUAUUUCUAAGUCCACCAACUCCAGAAGGAGAAACCACCAGAAUUUCUUUCAGAUUAACCUAUUCUGUUUCGUAUAUUUCUAACAAACCAUUUUACAAAUAUUAUUAUGGAGAUGGAGAUAAUAGAACUAAGUAUGAGAUUUCAUACUAUUACAAAGAUAAUUCACCAAUUGGAAAAUUAACAUCAACUUUUAUCUUUAGUUCAUCAAUUACAUUUACUGUAAAUCCAAAUGCAUAUAAUGGAGAAACAAUUAAUCCAACAACUAUUCGAUUCACAGAAACCAAUUUAACUACUGCUUCAAGUCCAACUGUCCAUUUCCUACCAAGUGAUACACGAUUUGACAAGUGCUCAAGAAUACUUGACAUGAGACAAAAGCCAGAAACUUCAACAAUUAUCGUUGCUGUGGUUCUUCCUGUUUGUGCCUGUUUAAUGAUUGCAUUGUUUGUUACCAUGUUUUGA